AUGCGAAGCCUUGAUAGGGACAUGACUGCAGCCAAGUGUAAAAUCAUUAGCGCCGGCAUGCACAAUAGCCUUGUGCGCUACGCUCGGGCGCCGCUCGCACUUAUUCCCGCACUAGUCUCGGUCGGCAGCGGACGCGCCCGUCUGCCCUCUCGCAUCUCGCACCGCAAACACACGCACGGCAAUAUGAUGCGCCUGACGAUUUGUGCAAUUGCAGCUUUGUGCUGUUUCGCGAACUUUCCCGUGGAUGCGGCCGAGUUCAACAUCAAGCAGGAGCUCCAGGCCAUGGCGGAGCAGAUUGAAAUGCUGAAAACCUCGCACUUGAACGAUGUUACACGCCUCCAGAAGGAGAUUGAAGAGUUGAAACGACAGCCCGCUCAUCCGACGGACAACCAUGAACGGAACGAGCAAUUGACUUUGCAGUGGGCCAAGACCUCUAUGAAGGAACUCCGUGUCGAGAUGAAGGAAAUGUCCGAGAGCGUGAAUAACUCAGCUCUUUUACGACAGCUCCACCACAUUCGCAACGAACUGAAACAAGCAUUGAUGGAGACAUCUGAUUUGGCUCAACUGGCUCGCACGCACGAGGCCAGAGUGGACAAACUGGACAGCAACGUUGGACGCUUAAAAUAUGAAGGCCAGCAGCUACGAAGCGCCCUUGCCGAAGUAAAGACUCAUUACUCGAAACUUUCCAAAGAGUUUAAGACAAAAGAACUUCAGGAACUGAACCUUGAUGCGUAUAACGAAGUAUUGGAACCACAGGGUCGCCCUGUUCACCUAAGGCAUGAACACUCACACAAGAUUCGUCACAACAAGAUGGUCCACGCUCAAAUAUCCCGCCUUGCUCGCAGUCAAGAUCAGCUUGACGAGUCUCAACAGAGCCUUCAGACCCAAAUACUUGAUGUGCAACGACGCCUCGACCGUUAUGAGGAGCCCAAUUGGAACCUCAUCACCGCAAAAGUCGAUUUCCUCGAGCUUGAGAAUAAAGUUAUCCGUACUGAACUUUCGAAUACAACUCAGAAAGUUUUGGAUUUCGACAAAGUACACUCCUCAAUGCUGGAGCUGCGGGAAGACGUUGAAAGCAUUGAAAAUAAGGUCGACAAAACAAUUCCAGAAUUUCGGAAAGAAAUUUCAAAGUUGGACAUCAACUUCGCACAACUCAACGCUCAAUCAUCUUAUUUGAAAGAGGAUCAGGAAAAUUUGCGUCAGUCUGUGAAAGCAAUUGCUGUCAGCGUGAGCAAUGCCAUAGACCGAGCUGAACUGGACCGCCUCACGAUGAAGAAGAUAAACGACUCGAUUUCGGAACUACAGAACCGGUCCAGGCAACAUUUUUACCGCCUCAAUGAUCACAUUUUGAAGAGCGAAGCUAACAACCUCCAACAAAACCAAACUCCUGUUUCCCUUCCGGAUAUCAUGGGCGAAGUAAAGGAACUGCAACCUGUUGAACGUGAAUAUGAAGACCUUGUUAAUCAGCUGCCCAAAGAUUGUACUGGCAUUUCCGGUCCUCCUGGUGAUUACCUGAUCCAUCCUGGACACGCCCCUGUCGAUACUUGGUGUGUUAAUGGAAGUACUCUCCUCCAACGCCGCUUCAAUGGUACCGUCGAGUUCAACCGCAAAUUCCAUGAAUAUGUGAAUGGUUUCGGCAAUCCCGCUUCCGAAUACUGGAUAGGACUCGAAUCUAUGCACCAGCUUACUGCCGAUAACUGCUCUGCCAUGCGCAUUGAUAUGACUGAUAUCUACGGAGGUGCUUGGUACGCCCAAUAUGAAAACUUCUUCGUUGGUAACGCAGACUCUGGCUACGUACUGGAUAUCGGUGGCUUCAGGGGCAACGCUUCCAAUGCUUUCGAGUACCAAAAUCAUAUGGAGUUUUCUGCUAUUGAUCGUGAUCGUGACAUUUCUAACACCCAUUGCGCUGGUAAUUAUGAGGGCGGAUGGUGGUUCUCCCAUUGCCAGCAUGUGAAUAUAAAUGGUAAAUACACCUUGGGUCUCACUUGGUUCGACGCCGCUAGGAAUGAGUGGAUUGCUGUGGCUACCAGCGAGAUGCGCCUGUACCGUCGUCAAGGAUGCAUC